AGAUAUACAUAUACAUUUUUUGCAUUGCCAAAGCAGACGAUCGGGCCAAAAUGAGUCACCAGCAGCAACAGCAACAACAGCAGCAACAGCAACAAGAACAACAGCAACAGCAGCAGCAACAGCCAAAAAAGUUCUCAAAGUGCUCAUAAAUAUUAUGCUAGAAAUUGUUAAACAUUCACUGUCUCUAACACUCUCACUUAACGUGUCUCUCUCUCUCUGUGUCUCUCUCGUGUCGCGUCUCUCUAUUGCUGUCUCUCAAAAUGCUACGAAACUAUCGAAAGUAUUUGCAGGAUAAACGAAAAUACGACAAGGCACAGCGACGACGCAGCGGCGGCAACAUUUGCCAGCAAUAGACAGACAAACAGCAGCAACAACAAAUCGCAACAGCAGCAGCAGCGACUAGCAAGCAGGGACAGCAGCAGCAGCAGCAACUAGCUAACGAUAAGCGAUAGACAGCAAUCGAUAGUUGAUUUGUAAAUAAAGCUAGGGCAACAGCAACAACAAUUUUGGAGGACGCCAUGUAUGCGCAACAUGUGCGCAAAUGGAGUCUAAAAACGCAACUGCAACAAAUGCCAUUGAUAUCGCUAGCAAUCUCCAUGUUGCUAUUGAUCACAUGUGCGCCGGCGACAACAGCAGCUGCAGCGUCAGCGGCUGCAGAACCAAUCACACAUCAGCUGCAAAGAACAUGGAAAUCAGAGGAAAGCAGCUACUAUAUUGCAUUGCCACAGCAGCAGCAACAGCAGCAGCAGCUGCUGGUGGACAAUGGCAGCGGGAGCAGUGAAAGCGUCGACAGCAACAUCGACAACAGCAACAGCAACAAUAAUAUUCAAUUAAGUAGGCUGCCCAGCCGGCCCAGCAGUCUUAGUAGCUUUAAAAACAUUAAGUUUAGGUCAGCAACAGUAUUCGACGCAGGCAGCGAUAGCGAUGCGGCUGUACUGCGACAGCAACAGCAGCAGCAGCAACAUAUUGCUGCGGUGACAACGCAGCAGUCACAGCAACAAGUUCCAAAUACGCUAAUAAAUAGUCAAAUAUAUAAAUUAUUAUACAAUAAUGGCAUGCCCAGCGUCGCGGCGAGCAGCAGUAAAACGCGACGUCAUGCACUGCAACAGCAACAACAGCUGCAGCAACAACAGCAGCAGCAGCAUCUCAGCAAUGCUGCGUGGCAGCCGCUGCAGCAGCGACUUAUUGCUGCCUACAAUUUUAGCAGCAAGGCAGGAGCAACACAACGCUAUUUUAUUGAGUCCUACGAAGUGCCAGAGAGCAGCCUGGAGCAGACGGCGCGGAAUCGCCGCGACUUUGGCAGCUCCGGCAACAGCAAUGGCCAGCGGCAACAUCGCGCCGGUGGCGGCCACCGACAGCAGCAGCAGGAGGCAAAGCGCGAGCAUCGCCGCCAGCGGCAGCAACAGCGCCAACAGCAGCAGCAUCACCAGCAGCAACAGAAGCAGCAUCAGCAGCAUCAACACCAGCAGCAUCGAAAGCAUCCAAGAAAGCAUCGGAACAGGCAGCGGGCCGGUCGUUACUGUUCAGCUCGGGAUCCCGCUCAGCUGGCGUAUGCGGCGCCCACCGUGUUUAUGGGCGUCUUUAAGUCCAUGUCGGCCGAUCGGCGGACGAACUUCUCGGCGACCAUGAAGGUGCUGCAGGUGUACAAACAGCAGCGGAAUCUGCAGCUGCCGCAGCUGGUCCGGCUGCAGUUCGCGCUGCGCAACAACAGCGGCGAGUGCGACAUCUACAGGGAGCGUCUGUUGCCGCGGGGUCUGGUGCGUGGCAACGAUCUGGAGCAGGCCUCUGACAUUACCUACAUGAUGUUUGUGGAGCAAACCAAUUCCGGCAACUUCUCCAUCCUAGGACAGCCCAAACGCGUCACGCCCGCCGUCCUCGAAGCAGUUAAAAUGGCUGUGACCGAAACUUAUGCACAGAACGCAUCGAUUACAUCGCUUAUAUCCAUGCCGAGCAACGCGACGAUGAUCAACGGCAAGGAGCUGCGCAUCAUCUGCAACGUGGAGGGCAGGCCGCCCCCAAAGGUGACCUGGUUCAAGGACGACAAGUCGAUAAAUCGCAAACGCAAUGUUUACCAAUUCAAGCAUCACAAAAGACGCGCCGAGCUGAUCGUGCGCUCCUUUAACAGUUCCUCAGAUGCGGGCAAAUACGAGUGUCGUGCCAAGAAUAAAGUCAGAAAAGACAUCGACAAGCGCGGCAUCAUGAUCAAUGCCUAUCCAGUUCCGCUGACGCCGGAUCCGGGCAGCGCGGGCUUUCCAUGCGAGAAUAACCAUUGCUUUCACGGCGGCACCUGCAUGUUGUUACCGUUUCUGAAUAUAUAUUAUUGCAAUUGCCCGGAAGGAUUCACUGGCCAGCGCUGCGAGUAUUCCGGCCCAGACAGUUCCUCCUACAAAAUGGCCUAUAGCAACAAUAGCAAUCGAUGGAUGAGAAGCAGUGCAAAAUAAACCUCUAUAGAAUGCAAACUCGUAGUAGGAACUAUUAAUGGAUCUCAUGAUGAAUGAAAAGUUUAAAGAUUGCUAAUAAAAGU